UUUGACGAAUGUUUGGUUUUUCAUCAACAGAAUUAUCACGGAAGCAUGGAGGCAAGCUGUGAGUUUCUGGACAUAAGGGAGGAUGCUUUUCAGACCGCAGGUCCACUUGCUCCGAGCAGACGAGAAAACCAACCCAACCAGCGUGUUGGAGUAAGGCGGGCACGCAAGAACGAGCGUGAGAAGCUGCGGAUGCGCAAAUUGACCCGGGCACUGCGGGCACUGCAGGGCAUCCUGCCCCCUCACCUGGUGGCCGCCGGUCGUCCACUCAGCAAAAUCCAGACACUCCGACUCACCAUCCGCUACAUAGCGCAGCUAUCUCGCCUAUUGCAGCAUGGAACCGGGGAGGCCGGCGGGUCACAGGAGGUCAAAGACGACUCGGCACAAAGCUGCUCCGAGCCUCCAUCCCUCCUGCACGACCGGUCUCCGGGCAGCAGCUGGAAGUGGGAAGAAGAUUUGGUUCACCCUGCAAUGGGGACAAUGGGACAAUGGCACGCUUCACAGACUCUGCUCGCAUCCCAGCCACUGCCUCUUGAAAAAUACGUCAAGGGCUGGGAAGGAUCAACCAUGCAACCCUUCUCCAUGCUCCACGCAUAA